AUGGGGAAGGACCACCAAGCUCCAUAUCAAACUGCUGUUGCAGCCAGUGCAAGCCGAGUUUAUACCAAUACAAUCCAGGGAAAGUUGAGCAGUCGGGAUAUGGUGCAAAUUGCUCUUCUGUGUAGUGCAUUUCCUGCUUUCUGGUAUCUGCGAAAUGGAAGGAAGAGCAAGGCUUACAAUGACACGAAAUCACUCAAUGGAAGUGCACAUGGAACCAUUCCUAAUCAGAGUAUAGAUAUCAAUGAUUCCGAAGUUGUCGACCCAGGACUUUUGAAAAAACAUUCUGAGAUAAAAUCCUACACCACGAGUCGUUUCACAUAUCCUUCACUCCGAAUUUUCUUCAGCAGACAUGCUCAAGCCGACAAGCUACCUACGAAACCUGCCCCACUACCUCUACUAGUUUUUAUCCAUGGUCUGGGAGGUUCAGUUGCGCAAUUUAACCCUCUAUUAACAAGCCUGGUGAAUUUGGCAUCAUGUCUUUCAAUCGACCUACCAGGCUGCGGCCUCUCUGCAUUCGACCCGAAAUUACCUUGGGAUGCUUAUACUGUGGACGCUCUUGCAGAGCUUGUGGGGAGAGUCAUUGAGGACUAUAGAGAGAAGGAUGCGAAGCAGGGUGUGGUUUUGAUUGGACAUAGCUUGGGUUGCUCUAUAGCCGCCUUACUUGCGUCUACAACGUCGCCACAAUCAAUUGCGCUAUCAGAGAACGUCAUGGGACUUGUUGCCAUCUGCCCUCGCGCGGAACCCCCUAGUGAAGACGAGGUUAGUAAGUUUAAGAAGCUACUUUUGGUCCCGAAUCUCAUUUUUGAUCUUUGGCGAAACUGGGAUCGGCGAGGUGGCCCCGAGAGUGCUAGUGUGCAUAGAUUUGUUGGCCCUUCAGCAGAUGACGAAACCAAAAGGCUUCAAGAACGAUUCAAUAGCCAGAGUAAAACCGCAGUAUGGAGGAGAAUGGCAGCUGGCACUUUGCCCGUUUAUGAAAACCACAUUGCGAAAGGUGGACUUGCGGGCAGAGAUGUCUGGAAGGGGCUGGAUAUGCCUGUCUUCCUUGUUGCUGGGGCAGCUGAUAAUAUCACAAAGCCUGGGGAAAUUGAAAAGAUCGCCCAAUUUCUUGGAAAGUCUCACCCGGUCCAAAUUGACCCCAACGAUAAAAGUGAGCCUAUAGUUGAUGCAGCUGCGCCUGUUGAUCUGUCUGAGAAGAACAAAUCUAUAAGCAAUGGUAUCAAUCCCUCAACUGAAGACCUGCUUCUCGAAGAAACACCUGAUACCGCUGUGGAAUCGCUGGAAGACCCAUCAACACCGAAUGAUAUUGAAAGAAUCGAAAACAUCCCUCCGCAACCUCUCAGACCGAAGCGGGUCCUAAAAACGACAAUCAUUCCAGCCCCCGCUUCGCAUGCUUUGCUCUACAUGCCAUCCACUGUGAGAACCCUUGCAGGUCUUAUAUCUGAUUUUCUUUGUACCCAAGUGUCACCUCGGUUAUCCUUGGGCUGGCAACUACAAUUUCUCUCUACUUCCGGCAAAUGGGAUGUGAAGAAUUUGGCAAAGUGGCAAGCAGUGGCGCCUGUUUCAGAGCCUAUCGCGGGUGUGUUUCGUGCCAUGAAAACUUUGAGAGAGAUCAAGGAUAUUGUGGAUAUUAGCCACGAAAGUCCGGUGUACGAUCCACGAGGUCUUGAAAAGGGCGGAAUACGAUACCACAAAUUCCCGACGGUAUCUAAAAUCCCACCCACAUCUGACGAGGUUGUCACCUUCAUCAAUUUGAUUGAUCGGCUAAGAGAUGAGCAGGCGGCAAGAAAGGAAAAGGGAGGGGCUGAGGGUACUGCGUGGGGUUAA